CAAACUCUGAAUUUAGGUCACGGAACAUUUCAAGUAUGGUAUCCUGUUAUGAAAUGAUGUCAUAUCUAGAAGAAACUAAAAUGUCCAGUGCAAUUCACACUUUUGUAACCACCUUAUUAAUUAUUCACCCAGCUACCUAAUAGUAUAUAGAUAUACGUAAAACAGUACGUGACAAUGACAAAUUUUCCCCAGACAUAUUGACAGAAUGGUGACGCUAUCAUAGCGCGGUUUAAUGCGCCUACGUCAAACUUACUAUAGAGCCUUGUGAUGGAUGAGUUCUUGUGAUGGCUAUAUCAUGUCCUACCGGUUUCCCAAGAGCCCUGGAAAUUACAUACAAGCGACAAAGGGUGUGAGUAGACUUUGUCAGGAAGGUAGGUUGGACAGUAUAAAAGGUGUAAUCUGUUUUAACGAUCGCGUUUUCAGUUUCGACGUUCGGAGGAGCGGCAUCGGUCCGCCAACAUGAGGGCGAAGUUAGGUCUUCUGAUUGGUCUUCUCGUUUACGUGUCUAUGGCUAUCACGGAUGUGGAAGGGGCCAGGGACUGCCUGGAUGUUUGGGACAACAACAUCAACAAGAGCGGGGUGUACACCGUGGGAGAACCGCCCUUCGAGGUCUACUGCUAUAACGAACUGGAGGGAGACGUGAAUAUAGCACUGGGUAAACCAACUCAGCAGUCGAGUACCAGCCAUGAUUCGAGUAACGCCGUGGACGGCAACCGAGGCGGGAACCUACUGAACGACGGCUGCACCCACACGUUAAAUCCUGGUACCGCAGACCCGUGGUGGUACGUGGACCUACAGAGCUCCCGGGCCAUCAGCCACGUCACCAUCGUCAACAGGGCGGACUGCUGUCAGGGGAGGAUCAACCCCUUCAGGCUUCACGUCAGCAGUGAUACCAACAUCCUAUCCAGCCCGACGUGUGGAGGUGCAUGGCUGACAGGGAAGUCGUCGUGGGUUGUAGACUCCGCCGGCACACCGUAUGUCUCCAACGGAGUGACGUAUGAUGCCACAAAAACAUUGGAUGGGAACACUGGAACCUACUGGAACCCCCAGGGCACGGGCAUAUACUACAACAACUGGUACAUCGUUCUGGACCUCUCAGCGCCUCAGACUCUGACCCGCAUCGCAGUCAACAACUACGGGAACACCGUCCAUGACAUCGCAGCCUUCAGCUUGCAGCAGUCGCAGGUUGGGAGUCCGUACACAUGGGAGGAUGUCGGGUCCUUCGCUAACGUGCAGGGAGGAACGUCGCGUCGCCAGGAGUUUGGCGAGUUCCAGGGAACAGCGCGUUUUUGGCGGUUUGUGGUCACUCGGACGCACUCUGGUCAUCAGCCAAGGCUCACAGAGCUACAGCUUUACGGAAUAUCAUCAAGUAAGGGGGAAUCAUAUUCAAAGCUUGCCUUGUUAAUGAAAUGGCUUGCUUGUGUCGCUUAA